AUGGCUUUUGGCAUGCUGUAUCAGGGAAUCAAUAACUCCAGAUCAGAGGUUAUGGAGGAGAAAAAUGUGUCCAGUGUUACCCUGAUCCACCUAUUAGGACUUCGGACUCCACACAGUAUAACGUUUCUGGUCUUUUUUCUUUUCCUUUUAAUCUAUUGUGUGACAAUAUGUGGAAACCUCCUGAUCAUCAUACUGGUGUCCUACAGCAAAUCCCUCCAUUCCCCCAUGUACGUCUUCCUCUCCCAGCUCUCUGUAUCGGAUAUCUUACUGGUAACUAACAUUCUUCCUAACAUGCUCCAUGCUGUUUUAAUGAAGGGGUCCACAAUAUCAUUUUCUGAUUGCAUCUCCCAGUUUUAUUUCUUUUGUGUUUCAGAAACUUCAGAGUGUCUUAUUCUGACAGUGAUGUGUUAUGACAGAUAUGUGGCCAUCUGUAAGCCAUUGCAUUAUACUUUAGCAAUGAACUUCCAGUUUUGUUGGUUGGUGAGUAUCACAUGUUGGGUGUUAAGUCUUUUAGUAGUACUGAUUCCCACUUUAACAAUAUCACAAUUACAUUUUUGUGGUCCGGAUAUUGUGGAUCACUUUUUCUGUGAUCUUGAGCCAGUCCUACAACUCUCCUGCUCUGAUACUGCUAAUGUUCUGCUUGAAGUGACAUUACUGAAUUUCGUUUUUGUUGUUAUCCCAUUCUUUAUAAUUAUUGUAUCAUAUGUUUAUAUUAUUAUCACCAUUUUUAAAAUCCCAUCUAUUACCGGCAGACAGAAAGUUUUCUCAACAUGCAGCUCCCACCUGACUGUGGUUUGUAUUUAUUAUGGUACUCUAGUUUGUGUUUAUUUGGUACCCCGUAGAGGACAGUCAUUGGAUAUCACUAAAUUCUUGUCAUUGCUGUACACUGUGGUGACCCCACUGAUGAAUCCAAUUAUAUACAGCCUGAGGAAUAAAGACUUAAAAAAAGCUGUAGCUAAAAUCAUCAACCACAAUGGGGGCAACAUAUAA